ACAACAUAUCAUAUACGUGAUCGACCACCCCCUACUACAAGAAUCCAGCAGGAACAUAUUACCAUAUAAGUACAUCAUCGACCACCCAGUACUACAAGAAUCCACUUAGUACUACAAGAAUCCACUUCUAGUACCAAAACGGGGAAGUAGAGUCCUCUUCAUCGAGGAAGAUGCUGCAUCUCGUCGGAGGAGGGUACUACAGCUCUGUGCUACCGAGUGGCGGUCCGUCGGAUUCGCGUGACGAUGCGGCGGUCGUCUUGCAGCAUUUUCUUUCUUCGGGAGGCCUCUCAUCCUACGCUGAGCAGGAAGCGAAAAGUUCAAGUUGUUGCCAUGGCUAUGCUCCUGAUUCAGGGUCAACACCAUCUUCUGUUUCUGAGCUGGUCCAGUUUCUCGAGCGACAACACGCGAAUCGUCUAGACGAGCGGGAGAAGCAGAGACGGCAGGAAGCAGAAAAACAAAGACGUGAGGGGUAUAUGCGGACUGCAACAGUUCUCAGUGUUCGUCCGCCUUUUAUACAAUACAGCUCGAAGGACGGCGACUUCCCCCCUUGGCCUCUUAAGUCCUCAGGUACUGAAAGCUAACUUGUACUGUAACGUGUAGUACUUAAUUGAUUUGUAGUCUAAGUAAUUGACUUGUAGUAUUUAUUGACACUUGCUUUCGACCAGUUUUUACUUGCUUUGUUUGUUCUUCUUGAGGGCACUCACACUCAUUGAACCAUGAUCACGCUAGUAUCUAAUAUCAAAAACACGCUAGUAUCUAACAUCACGCUAGCAUCUAACAGUCUUUCUGAAAAUAAUCAAAUGAACAAGAAGGUACUUCUACCAGCAGCACAGAAGUGGAACAAAGAAGCAAGGACCACGUCGAGGAACCACUAGCACAGGUGCGCAGAGCCAGACAAGACGACAAGACGCAGAUCCUCGACAAGUUGCUGCUUCGUGAGCGCGAGUCUAAUUGGAAAAUCGGGCACGCAGCUCCCAAAUUUUUUGAUCCUGCGCAUGAAUACGUGGUACUUUUGGGUGGCGGAGAUGGCAAGGAAGAUAAUGAUGCUAAAAGAAUGAACGAUGAAAACACUUCUACUAGAGGAACUUUUGCGUCACCUCUGGAGAAACGCUCAUCUAAAAAGGACAACAAGAGCACCAAAGCAACUCAGUUGCUUAGUCCGGGAAGGAGAGGAAGUCGACGUGAGUCAAUAGUACGUCUGAUGGAGUACUUUGGAGGUUGUAGCCCCAAUAAAACUGGUAAAGAAAAUCUACAUCAUGUGAAGAACUACAUCAAAUCAACAAUAUCUAAGACGAAACAUAGAAGUAGUAGUGCCAGAACAUCGCGACAUCAACGCGGCAGGCCAAUCGGAAAGCAGGAUGCUGCAGUUGAUACAACGAUGAGGAAGCUGAAAAAUGAAGAUGCGCAAAUGACCACAAAGGCUGUCACCAGCAGUUGUUCACCUUCACUAAAGAGCGCCCCGUCACCUGUGGUUGUUGUCUCACCCGGUCAGCAUACUGAAUGUGAAUCUCCUCCUUCCACAAACGCGAAGAGUAAGAGUAUCACCAUUUCCAUUAGCAAUACUAGCGACAAAGAACUACCUUGUUCGACAACUGCCGGUUCGCUACUGGUACCUGGUGCGGGUGGAGGAGCUACGUCGGGAGUGCUGGAGAAGAUGCAAGGACGCAAAAGUGCGGUUCGUUUCAGUUUUGCUAUCAACGAUUCCUCUAAUGCUCAGAAGCUGGGGAGAACAUGCUUCAAUGCUUCUCCAAGUCUACUGCCGAGCGUCAGUGAAUGUGAAGAUGACGGAGGUGGUCAGUCGCCAUCGCAAGCACCCUUCGCAGGAGGUUUGACACUGUCGAUACCCACGGGAGGAGCGACCACCUCUUCCACAUCCUCUUCAACGAGGACGGCGAAUAAUAGACUUAUUUCUUCAACAGGUAGCCAAAGCCAUGCCGAGUCGGGGGACCAAGGAGAACGACAAGCAGCCGACUUAUUGGCAGAAGAGCAAGCGAAAAAGAGGAAACGGCUGCUGCUCCGACGACGCAGUAGCUUUCGAGUGCUGGCGGCUCUGCCUGCGUCACUGGACUUUUCAAAGACGGUAAGUCACCUCCGCACAAGGAAAGCUCCUCCUUGGCGUGCCUUCAUCCAGCUUCAGCGACGCCAGAGGGAACAGGAUCGUCACCGGCAAGAUCCCAUGAAAUUUCAUCUCUAGUAGUAGUAAGCGCAUUGAUGAUGUUCCAGCGCCACAUUUGGUGGAGAUCAUUUCGAAACUUCAUCUCUAUAAAUAGCAAAUUCCAACAUGUGCUGGUGCGAUACAUAGGUGUCAAUGUCAUACAACUAGAACUAGUCUCAUUGUUCUUUCUCCACAUAACGCAGGAGCUCGUGGACUACAACUACAUCUUCCACACUUGGUCAUAUUAGCCAUAGAUAUUGAUACGUAGGGUGAAACCACGACUUUCAUGCAUCAUCUUCUGUUUAUAGAGUCGAAAAAAGCAGCUAGUAGCUGGUCGCCUUGCAAGUAAAUUUAGUUUCUUUUCAACAUGCAUCUACUUUUUGCCACCUUAUGUAAUCUUCAUUGACAUUACACAGCACAACAUGAAGAACGUCCUGGACGAAUUGAACGAAAAUAAACACGUGAAGAAGUAGAUCUUUUUUGGGCACACUCAGUAGAAUCUGAAAAAUCGUAACUGUUCCAAUCUUGAUGAAGAAUCCAAAUCCUGCUUGGCCGCCUUAUAAAGUUGCUUAUAGAGAAGUUCUCCUUUCAACUACACUGCGGUUGCAGCAACCAUAAUCAGGAUCAGCAAAUGAAUGAUCAAGACCUCCACCUCUAGGUCGGUUACAGGAGCAUAGACUUAGAGCUGCAUAGAUCAAAUUUGCCCGCCAACACUGCUCCAGCCGCAGAAAACAUCUUGGUCUCCUUCAUAGUCGUGAAUCCUCACCCCCUCGAGGCGAGCAACAACUUCGGAUCCCAUCCCAUGAUGAUGAAAAAACUUUACUCCGACCAUGAUCAAUGUCUUUGUCUUCUGAGUCGCAAUCGUGA